GUUCACGAUAGCCAUGGAUCUAGGUGCUAUUGCAACUCCGCAGUCACUAUGGCUCGUCUUUCUCCUAUUCCUCAUCGUCGUGUACCUGGUGACGUUGAGUUCUAGAGCAGAUAAGCUGUACAACAAGCUCCCAUCGCCUCCGUUCAAGCUCCCCUUGAUCGGGCACCUCCACCUCGUCGGGUCCCUCCCCCACGUCGCCCUCCGCGACCUCGCCAGGAAGCACGGCCCCGAUGUGAUGCUCAUCCACCUCGGCGUCGUCCCCACGCUCGUUGUCUCGUCGCCUCGCGCUGCCAAGGCCGUCCUACGCACCUACGACCACCUGUUCGCAUCCCGGCCACACUCCCCCGUGGGCGACAUCCUCUUCAGUGGCUCCACCAACAUAGCCUUCGCCCCCUACGGCGACUACUGGCGCCAGUUAAGGAAGAUCGUCACCACCCACCUCCUGAGCGCGAGGAAGGUCCGGGCGAACCGCGCUGCCCGCGAGAUGGAAUUGCGGCUGGUCCUGGACAGGGUAAAGGCCGCGACAGCCGCGAGCUCGGCGGUGGACGUCAGUGAGGUCUUCAGCUACUUCGCCAACGACGUGAUAUGUCAGGCCGUGCUUGGCAGGCUCCCCCGGGAGGCGGGCCGGAACAAGAUGUUCCGGGAGCUGUUGGAGAUCAAUUCCAAGCUUCUAGGGGGCUUUAUACUAACCGACUUCUUCCCCAGCCUUGCAAGGCUGGACUUGGUGUCCCGCAAGGCCGUGAAUCAGAAGAAAAUAUGGGACGACCUGCUGGAUGACCUCAUCGACAAGCACGCGAGCAAGAUGGUCACGGUCGAGGAUGAGCAGGACUUUAUCGACGUCUUGCUCUCCGUUCAACAAGAGUACGGCUUGACCAAUCAUAACAUCAAGGCAAUACUCAUGGACAUGUUUGAAGCCGGGACAGACACAACGUACGUAUCACUUGACUACGCCAUGGCUGAGCUGAUGCGGAACCCAAGGGUAAUGACCAAGCUGCAAGCCGAGGUGAGGAGUUGCGUGACCAAGGGCAAAGAAAUGGUCACCGAGGAAGACCUUGCAAGCAUGAGCUACCUCAAGGCCGUGAUGAAAGAAGCGAUGCGUCUGCACCCGUCGGGGGCUCUCUUGAUACCCCACCUCUCCGUAGCCGAAUGCGAUGUAGAGGGCUACACCAUACCCUCUGGGACGCGCUUAAUGGUCAACGCGUGGGCUCUAGGCAGGGACCCCACCUGCUGGGAGAAUGCGGAGGAGUUCAUGCCCGAGCGGUUCAUGGAAGGAGCCAUGGAUGCGGCUUGCGACUUCCAGGGGAACGACUUCCGUUUCUUGCCGUUUGGGUCUGGGCGAAGGAUAUGCCCGGGCAUAACCUUCGCCGCCGUAACAUUUGAGAUCAUUCUCGCCAACCUCAUCUACCACUUUGACUGGGAGCUGCCCGAGGGGUCCCCGGGCGUCGAUAUGACGGAGGAAUACGGGAUCGAUGUGCAUCGGAAGGUGAAGCUGCUUCUUGUCCCACGCGUGGCUCACGACCUCUAGAUUGAUUUUCCACGAUCCAUAUCCUCGUGCGAGUAGUCUAUCUGCAAUAAUUAAGUCAGCGCUUUUGCCAUUAAUCAAUCAUCAGUUUCUUUUUUCAGUCGAUUUUUUAAGCAGUUUCAUGCGGUUAAAUCAGAGAGAGGGCCGCGGGUGGUUAAUGAAAGGAAGCAGGAUUGCCGAUUUUGGCCCAAUCUUUAUAUACGUGUGUCAAUGCGUACCUAUGCAUGUGGGUGUGACUGCGUGCGCACGUGUAUUUUAGCAUUGUCUCUAAUUACUGCUUUCUAGUGAAAGAGAAAUAUUGGUCAUCACAUUGAUUUUUACCUUUUAUUUCAUGAUUGAUUUGUGAGAAAAUUGUAAUUUUUCAUUAGUGAAUUCUAAAUUAUAUAGCUUUAUAUUAA